UCCGUUACCCGAACAAAGGACUCGCACGCGAAUUUUUUUAGGCGUACUGUAGCCUACAAUUUCCAUCUUUGGAGCUGUUUCUACAGAGAAGCGUACUAAGCAGCCUGCCGGCGUCUGAGGGAGAGAGGAAGCCUGUCUGGUGACCUAGGACACCGCAGCCACGGAGACCAUCUCCAUGGAUAUGGACCAGCAUCCCCCAGCCAGCGAUGGGGAGACCCCCGUCGCUGUGACGAUCCCCGUCGCCGUGACGACGCAGCCUCCACCCUUGGAGACGGACUCGUUCCCGUGCCUACGGCCGCUGUCUCUCCCCCAGCAGCACGUGUCCUCGGAGGUGGUGGUGGUGGUCAAGGACAAGACGGAGAACGGUGGGACAGCGGGCUUGAAGAAGAAGAGGAGCGAGUCUCUGAAGUAUCACAGUGUCCACUCGUCGGGGGCCACUUCUCCGUCGUCGUCGUUUGUGGCGCGUGGUCCUCCGCGGCGGAGCCACUCCAUCCCGCACACGCACCACCCGCAGCUGAGCCGGACGCGGCCCGGCAGCCGCAGCGGCUCCAUCGCGUACACGGCCUUCUCGCCGCGGCCCUCCAUCUCCCGCCACUCCUCCAUCGCCACCACCAGCGCCGCCGACACCAGCAAGCCCCGAGACUACCUGCUGCUGGCCGUCAUCGCCUGCUUCUGCCCCGUCUGGCCCAUCAACAUCGUCGGCUUCGUCUACUCUAUCAUGUCUCGGAACAGUCUAGAACAGGGGAACAUCGAUGGGGCGCGGCGCCUGGGGCGCGUUGCUAAGCUACUGUCCGUGGUGUCACUGGUGGGGGGCGUGGUCAUCAUCGUGGCGUGUGCUGUUAACCUCUCCAUAAAUGUGAAGGCCUGAGAGGAGCAGGGUGGCGCGCCUGGCCUGAGACUCCGACCUUUGACCCCUGUGGACUACGCAGCGCACCCUCUUGAUUGCUUCAUCUCUAUGACGAUCCUCCCGCUCCCUCGUCGCCAGGUACCUCAUCUCAGCAUCCCUUCAGCUCAUCCUUGCGGGAUGCUGUUGCCCUGGGUUACCGCAUCCUUGGAUCACGGAUGAUGCUGUCCAGAGGCUCGCGAGUGAGCACUGACCCAGUUCCAGAGUGGACCGGACCCAGCUCAGCAGCACCGAGCACCCGCAUCACUGUCACCUAUUCAUCCAGAACCUUCCAGCCACCUCGGGUCACUCCGAGCAGAUCCACUCUCUCACACACACACACACACACACAUACAUACCAGUGAGCGAUGAUCCCCUCCUCUAACACGGAGUUCUGUUGCCAAAUAUACUGCUGAGAGCAUUAUGGGAUGGAGACAGGACCAACCACACACACACACCCCUCCACACACACACACACACACACACACACAGAGAGCUCUAUUAGCUCAGAGCGUGUGGUGGACGAGAGGAGUGUGUGAGCUCAAAGGACAGAAGGGGUCAGGGUGGCAGACAGAAGAGGAGAUGAAGACACACACACACACACACACACACAGGGUGGCAGACAGGAGAGGAGAUGAAGAGGGAGAGGGAGAUCAACAACAGUGUCAGCGAUUCUACACACACACACACACACACACACACACACACACACACACACAUACACACACUGCGGCCCACUUUCAGCGGAGUCUCGGAGAUGACCCGGCCCCUCUCACGUCACGGUGACACAACCCACACACACACACACACACACACACACACACACACACACACACACACACAUCACGGUGACACAGCACGGAAUCUAAUCAGACAUGCCGCACAAACCUGAGGGGACAUUUCUGUCUUGAGAGCUGAGGGGUGGGGUUGAAGUGAGUGUGUGUGAGUGUGUGUGUGUGUGUGUGUGUUGGGACUCAGGCCUUGCCAGUUCUCGUCAUGUUCUCCAGUGCUGCUGCUGUGGACAGAUCGGGAGCAAUUGGGCGGGACGUGCUACGACCCGACACAGCUGGUGAGUCAGGCAGAACCGGAUGGAACCAAACGGAACCCUGCACUGGAGAACACUCUCUGACACACUCGCGCACACACACACACACACACACCAGAGGUGGACAGAGACUUGUGCGACCCCUCUUUCCCUCGGCAUCUUCCACCUUCACAGCAGAGGACAGAUUUUAAUUUCAAGCUGCUUGCCACGCAAGGACUUGCACGCACACACACACACACACACACACUCACACACACACACACACACACACACACA